AUGGUAUCAGCGAGCGCCAGCCGCGACUGGCCCAAGCUCAAGCAUGCAGAACGAGAUGUACGUCGGUCACGCCUUUUGGACAGCAAACUAGUAACUGAACGUUGCCAGGGCGCGGCGAGUGAAAAGCAGUGCGAUAUCCACGGAGAUUGUUUCGUAGCCGCAGCAGUCUUUUCUCCGCAGUCUAGAUUAGUCACAGAUUGGGCGGAGGCUGGCGAAGGAGAGACCAAAACGGAGCGCAUUGGCCAUCUUGGCGUCUCUCAAAGGGUGGUUGUUCGCUGGUACCUAUGGCAUGCGCUUGCACAGAACAGAAGUUUCGGUGAAGCUAUAACGAACAGCUUGCGCGAAAGGUCCAUCGAGCGACAAGACGCGUUCGUAUACGAGAACGGCCAGUCAGGUUAUUUGACAUACGCAAAUAGAAGCCCUGUUCUAGAUCUGGCCAGCCCAAACCCACGGAACCGUCCGUUUGUUCCUGCAGUGGAUGCAAAGUACAAAGUACGGACUACUGCACGGCCCAAUGUGCAAGGCGAAGACCAAAAGAAGUGCCGCGGUCAUAACAUAAUACGCCUCGCCUGGGACGUCGAUGUGCAAGCGGACCUGAAUAUUUCCCUUCCGGUCCCUGACAACGGCAAUAUGAAAUGA